AUGUUAAACCUUCGUAAUCGAGAAAACACUAGCAGGUUCACCAAUGUUUCUGUUAUUGCGCCAGAAUCACAAGGACAACAUGAACAGCAAAAACAAAACGAGCAGCAGGAGCAGCAAAAGCAGCCAACGGGACUGUUAAAAAGUCUAAACGGCUUUUCGAGUGCACCACAACCGAUAUUCAUGGAGGAUCCGCCUUCUGCUGCGUCGGCAGAACUGAACGACAAUCCAGCGUGGUUCAACAAUCCAAGGAAAAGAGCUAUUCCGAAUUCAAUAAUAAAGAGAUCAAAUGGUCAGUCUUUAAGCCCUGUACGUUCUGAUACUGCAGAUGUGCCUGGAACGUUCUCUAAUUCCAACGGGUUCAACAAUGUCACUUUUGGCUCUAAAAAAGAUCCACGUAUCCUUAAAAACGUAUCUCCAAAUGAUAACAAUACCAACAACAGUGGUCAUAGUUCUGAUUUGGGUACCAUAGUUUUUGACUCUAAUGAAGCACCGCCUAAGGCGUCCUUGGCAGAUUGGCAUAAAGAAGAUGGUCUAUUUUCGAGUAAGAAUGACAAUAUUGAAGAUCCUAAUUUGCCUUCUAAUAUAACGUUUGGUGGAAAACUUACAGCCACAUCUUCACCCUUCCGUUCAUUAGAAAACAACUCCAGAGCAUUUAAUUUGUUCGACAAAAAAAUGAAGGCAACGCCGAAUAUUGCGUCGAAUGAAGCUAGUGCAGGGAGUAAAGAAGAAUCCUCAUCGAAUUGGGACGAUAAUGCCGUUAUUAUUUUCGGAUACCCAGAGGCGAUUGCUAAUUCUAUUAUCCUUCAUUUUACUAACUUCGGCGAAAUUUUAGAGGAUUUCAGAGUAAUAAAGGAUUUUAAAAAGUUCAACUUGAAAAACAUGUCAAAUAGUCCGUCAUCGAUUACUCAAAAGUAUCCCAUAUACACAGGAGAUGGCUGGGUCAAAUUGACUUACAAAUCUGAACCCUCUAAAUCUCGUGCCUUACAAGAAAAUGGGAUUAUCAUGAAUGGUGCAUUGAUUGGCUGUGUUUCAUAUAGUCCGGCUGCUCUCAAACAAUUAGCUUCCUUGAAUAAAUCGGAUGCAACUAAAAACAAUGAAGCAAGUUCAGAAACUAAUUUAAGCCUAAACGGUCUCAGAAACUAUAGAAAAAGAGAAGGAAUUUUUGAGAGAUCUCAGACGAAAGCGGUCACUUCAAAAGUGCGCAAUCCAGAAUUCAAGGUUUCCAAGAAUUCUAGUUCCUUCAAAAAUCCACGCAAGCUUGAAAUAAAGGAUGGCAGAUCAUUAUUUUUGAGAAACAGAGGGAAGAUUCACAGUGGCGUCCUGAGCUCCAUCGAGUCUGACUUGAAGAAAAGGGAACAAGCGGGCAAGAAUAAGAAAAGUUGGUUAAAUAGAUUGAAUAAUUGGUUAUUUGGAUGGAACGAUCUGUAA